AUGCUUCCCGUUGUUUUGUUACUGUUCAAUGUGGUGAUACAGUUGCAUGGAUCGAAUUUCUGGAAGAUCGUGGAGCAACUUCCUGACGAAACUCAGUUAAUGUUCGAAAAACACUUUUACUAUGAUCACGAUGGGCGCGUAUAUCGGAUUGAAGGUGAUCGAAAUCCUCCGGAUCAACCGGACGCUGCCGAUGUUUGGCUGGCGGAUAACUUUGUCCCCGACGAUGAUGGCCGGAUGUAUUCGUUAGCUGGAGAUUUCGAUUAUGCUCCAUUUUUUGAUGCUGAAAGAGAUACCGUCUUCCGUUUGUACACCAGAGAUAGCUCGGACUACGAAAUACUCAGAGUUAAUGACACGAGCUCGAUUAUACGAUCAAGGUUCAACGUCAGCCAUCCAACCAGAUUCACGAUACACGGGUUCGGUAGUAACGGAGAUGGAUUGAGUAGCUCUUUGAUCCGGGAUCAGUACUUUGUUCUGGGAGAGUUCAAUGUCGUUGUCGUGGAUUGGAGUGGUGGAUCGGGGCUGGGUAUGUACCUUACAUCGUACUUCCAAGUGCGGCGACGAGUUGCAGCAGUAGGUAAAGUUGUUUCGCAGCUCAUUGAUACACUCGUUCAAGCUACCGAGAUAUCACUGAACGAAAUCAGCAUCGUAGGAUUCAGUUUAGGGGCUCACAUAGCCGGAAAUGCAGGAAAAGCGCAGUCAGGUCGCAUCCGAACUAUCAUCGGACUAGAUCCUGCAAGACUUUUGUUCAGUGAACAGGACAGUGACAUUCUAUCCAGUCAGGACGCCCAAUACGUUGAAGUGCUUCACACCAGUUCCUUCGGAUACCCAUUCCCAAUCGGAACGUCGGAUUUUUACGCCAACGGAGGAGUUUUCUAUCAACCGGGCUGCUUUUUCGAGGGAUACAUUGGUUGUUCGCAUUCACGUGCUUACUUUUACUACGCGGAGUCGAUAACAAGCCAGGUGGGGUUUUGGGCACGGAAAUGUGCGCAACUCACUGUGAACCUGUUCGAUGUAACGUGUGAUGGCCAAAACGGGACGAUGGCACGGAUGGGCGGUGAACCUCCCAAUACGGAAACGGACGCUUGCGGUUCAUAUCAGUUCGAAACAAAUUCAGCGGCACCGUUUGCCAAAGGCCGAUGA